CUCAUCCGCCCACAACCGCUGAGCACAUGAGACGCGUCACCUGACGCCGGAAAAUACCCUACCGCGGGACUUGGGUGACGCGUGUAAUGAGCAGAUCUCGCGAGAGUGCUGAGUGCUCCCGGUAGUAGCGGCUGCUUCAGCAGCCAGGCAGGCCCGGAUCUCGCAGCAACAGCUGACUGUACGCAGCGCACACUGUCCCCGGCCGCCCAGCGCCAUGUCUGAGCCGGGGCCGCGUCCCGCCUCACCGCGAGAGGAAGGCGAGCUGGAGGACGGGGAGAUCAGCGAUGACAGCGUCCGGCCCGAUAGCCCCCUGCUCGUCCGGCACCGACACAGCUCCCGCACCCUUCCUCAGCAGUACCGCAGCCGCCCUCAUAGGCCCCCGCCGCCUCACGCCUACAGACCGAAGAUGCAGUACCGGCCGCCUCCCCGGAUGCAGCAGCCACCUCCGCCGCCUUCCCUGGGAAACUGCGGACCGAGGUCCUCGUUCUGGGAGCGUAGCUACGACACGCUGGGCCGGUUCCGCUCCCGGGGCAGAGGGAGGCGGCCCUGGGACCAAGGCUGGGGUGAGCGAGGAGUGAAGCCGGGCGGCCAGAGACCAAACAGCUCCCCAUGGGGGGAUCCAUCACCCAGGAAACUUAAAAGUAUUGUGAGGUCUCCACCGAGGAAAGCUCGUCUAUUGAAAAAUGAAAGCUGUGAAGAGAGCUUUGAAGAUCUGCUUUAUAAAUAUAAGCAGAUAAAACUUGAACUUGAGUCUAUUAACAAGGAUGAGAAACUAGCUCUCAAAGCAGACCAUGUAAAAGGGGAAACUGUUUUGGAAAACACUGUAGAACAAACUUUUCAAGAAGACAAAUGUACUGCUGCUGAGGUGGUGCCUGUGUUACUGAUUGAAGAGAAACCUCCUGUAAAGUCAUUUCAGGCUUUUGAGCUUAAACCCCUCAGGCAAAAGUUAAAACCUGUUACUGAGCAAAAGAAACAAAGCAUUGUGGAAGAAACCAGCUUGAUUGAAGAUGUGAAGGAAGUCGCUAAACCUGUGCAAGAACCUGAUAAGAUUGAGCUGGCUAUUUCGUGUGAUGUCAACACUGCAGAUGAAACCACUGUGAUAAAGAAACCUGUUGGCGAGGAAGAGGAAUUGUCAGAACUCCAUUUGCGCCUCCUGGCUUUGCAAUCUGCAAGUAAAAAAUGGCAGCAGAAAGAACAAUUGGUGAUGAAAGAAGGCAAAGAAAAACUAUCAAAGGGCAAGACGGAGCCACAGAAAGAGAAGGGCAAGGCGGAGCAGGAGAAGUGCAAGGCGGAGCAGGAGAAGGGCAAGACAGAACUGCAGAAGGGUAAGGCAGAGCCACAGAAGGAGAAGGGCAAGGCGGAGCUGCAGAAGGAGAAGGGCAGCACAAACUGUCUUUUGUCACGCAAAACUAACAGUGCAGCUUAUGCAGCCAAACAGGCAUUGAGAAGGCAACAAACCAAAGCAUGGAAAAAGUUGCAACAACAGAAAGCUGAAGAAAAGAGCCAAGCGGAAGAGGAGAAAAAGCAACAAGCAGAGGAGGAGGAGAGAAGAAAAAGAGAAGAAGAAAUACGGAAGAUUAGAGAUCUCUCAAAUCAGGAAGAGCAAUAUAACAGAUUUAUGAAACUUGUAGGAGAAAAGACCAAGAGGAGCAAGUCUUUUGACGCAGAUCAAAAACGAUCUGAUAAGCACAGUUUGGAAAGUUCUGGAACUAUCUACCAGUAUGAUAACUAUGAAGAGGUGGCGAUGGACACAGACAGUGAAACCAAUUCUCCAGGGGCAUCUCCCACAAGAUUACCUUAUUCUACUGGAGGAAAUGUCCCAUCAGGUUUUUGUGUAGCUGAUGAAUUUCUUUCGAAAGUAUGGCCUCCUCGUUGCGAGGGCCAAAUGUAUGAUCCAGUGAUUUCCAGAAAUUCUCUUGAAGUGCCUCUCCCACUUCCUCCUCUUCCACCUGAAGAGCCAGAGCAACCUCCUAAGCCUCCUUUUGCAGAUGAAGAGGAGGAAGAGGAAAUGUUACUACGUGAAGAACUUUUGAAGUCUUUGGCUAACAAAAGGACUCACAAACCAGAGGAACCUACUAGUAACAGCCAAACUCCAUCACCACCUCUACUCUCAAAUAUUAUGCCAGUACCAAGGAUCAACCUAACAGCCAGCGUUAACUCUUCAUCACAUCGCAAGACGUCCACUCAGAUAGUAAGAGUUCUGAGACCUAUCAGACGUGUGAUAAAGCUCCCAAAACAUAAGUCAGUAGUUGUAACCCUGAAUGCAUCGGAUGACAGUGAAUCUGAUGGAGAACCAGCUAGUUCAGCCCUUGGAGUAUUCGGAGGACUGGAAUCUAUGAUCAGAGAGGCCAGAAGAACAGCAGAAGCAUCCAAACCAAAAGCUCCUACUAAUUCUGAAAAAGAAAAUGACCCAAUGAGGACUCCUGAUGCAUUACCGGAUGACAAAAAAAUGGAAUACCGUCUCUUGAAGGAAGAGAUUGCCAGUAGAGAAAAACAAAAGCUCUUUAAACCUGACCAGUCAAAAGCAAGUUCAUCACCAGCUAAUUCUGACAUAGAAGUUGAUGGAAACAGAAGACCUGUGAGGGAUCCAAAGGUGACAGAAGUGGAGUCCAGGCACAUGAAACAAAAAAUGCUCCUAUUAAAGGAUGAGUCUCUCUUAAAAAAUUUGUUGCAACAAGAGGAAAAGAAAAAGGAAUCUAUCAAAACCGCAGAGUUAAAAAUUGCCAGACUCACUGAGCAGCUACAUGCAACGGAGAAGUUCCUGAAUGCUAAUCAGAUGUUCCUGGAGAGGUUGCAAGAACAGAUUGGUAAAGUACAGCACAGAGUUAAAGUAAAAAGGAGUAUUGCUCUAAAAUCUGGAGAAGAAAUUGCACGGGCAAAAGCACUGGCCAGUCAAGAGCUUGGCAAGCGAAAACUGGAGCCUAUCAGUAUUAUUGCAAAUAAAAUAUUUAAAUCAGAUACUGGUGUGGUGGGCAGCCCCAACAGACAGUCUGCAGAAGCUAUUGCGUUGGAGAAAAAACGACUGCAAGAACUGGAACAGGAAUAUGCUCUUAAAAUUCAAAAGCUAAAAGAAAUGCAAGCCAAAAAAGAGCAGGCUGUACACCAUCCCACUGUGGUAGAAGAGCAGCCAGAAUUUGUACUCCCACAGCCUUCUCUUCAUGACCUCUCUCAAGACAAAAUAACAUUGGACACUGAGGAAAAUGAGCUUGAAGAUGAAGAAUUGGCAAUCUCUGUUAAAGAACGGAGGAGAUCAUUCCGUGACUCAAACUCUUUUACCAAACCUAACCUAAAGCACGCAGAGCUUACGCCUUAUAAGGAGAGCUCUAGCAUGCCUUCCAAGGUGACAGCAGAGGAAGCAGAACUGUUCUUGGGAUUAAAUAUUGAUGAGCUUAGGAAACUACAUUCAAGCACUGGUAACCUAACCGAGCUGCUUUCAAAGGGUGACGCACUACUAGUGUCUCAGGAUAAGCUCGCCUCAGGGAAGGAAAUACCGGUGGAUGUAGAAUUAUUUGCAACACAAACAAAACAGAUUGAUGCAAAACCGUUGCCUUUUGGUCACUAUCGCAGUCCACUUCUUGCUUUUAAAUCUUAUAGGUUUAGUCCAUAUUUCCGUACAAAGGAGAAAUUACUGCUAAGCUCUGUGUCUUACAGCAAUAUGAUCGAGCCAAAAACUUUUUUCUGUCGAUUUGAUCUUACUGGUACUUGUAACGAUGAUGACUGUCAGUGGCAGCAUAUGCGUGAUUGCACAUUAAGCAGGAAACAACUGUUUCAAGAUAUUUUGUCUUACAACUUGGACUUGAUUGGAUGUUCGGAGAAAAGCACAGAUGAGGAAAUUAUAACUGCAUCUGAAAAAUAUGUUGAUAAACUCUUUGGUAUAAAUCGAGAUCGCAUGUCAAUGGAUCUGAUGUCUGUUCUUCUUGUUAGUUAUGUCAAUGAAAGCAGAAAUCACACACCACCACACACAACUUGUAAAGAAAAAAGAAUAUGGAAGCCUAUGUAUUGGAAAAAGCCAGUUGUUGAUAGUAGCAGCUGUGAUGAAGAUGAUGGUUCAAAAGUGGUUAACUCUGCACGUCUCCCGCAGCCCAAAACAAAAGUUCCUAUUCAUGAUGCUGUUGUCACUCCAGACGAUGUCAGAUAUUUUACAAAUGAGACAGAUGACCUUACCAACCUGGAGGCAAGUGUGCUUGAAAAUCCUCAAGAUAUACAACUAUGGCUCAAAUUGGCAUACAAGUGCUUAAAUCAGAAUGAGGGGACGUCCUCAGAGUGUUUGGACUCCUCAUUAAAUGUGUUAUCCCGGGCACUGGAGCAUAAUAGAGAUAAUCCAGAGAUCUGGAGCCACUACCUCAAACUGUUCUCCAAAAGAGGAUCUAGAGAAGAAAUAGAGGAAAUGUGUGAAACAGCUGUAGAAUAUGCUCCUUCUUAUCAGAUUUGGUGGAUGUUCCUGACCUUGGAGAAUUCCUUUGAGGGGAAGGAUCAAGUGUGCAACCGAACAUUGCAGUACCUGAUGCGGAAAACAGAGGAAGAUGAAAAAUCUGACCUGCUUUCAUUGCAGUGUCUAGAAAUGUUGCUGUACCGAGUACAUUUGCACCUGUUUACAGGAAGAGUGCAAAAUGCUCUUUCCAUUUUACAGAAUGCUUUAAGGUCUCCUUCUGAGAAGAGUAUAGCAGAUCACCUUACUCCCAAGGAUCGCUGCUUAGCAUGGCUUUCUUACAUUCACCUCAUGGAGUUCGGUAGUCUGCCUGAUUUCUAUGACUCAACAAUUUCAAACCCCUCCAGGGUAGUUAACAAGGAGCCGUCUCUAAUACCUUGGCUGAGUCCCCAAAGUGUAACGACUGAUCCUAUCAUGUUGCUUGCUCUAUUUGAAGCUGCUGUAUUUUCUUGUUCGGAUGAAGGCUUGCAUACCAAGGAAAGAAUAGAAGUUUGUCUGCCACUUUAUAAAAAUAUGAUCUCACUCCAUCUUAUGCUUAACAGGCAUGUUGCAGCGGUGAGUCUUUGUAAGCAGCUGCUGGAGAGUUCUAGUGCUAACUGUGACAUACUGGAGGCUAUGAGUUCUGUGUACGUCAAGAUUGGGCAGACAGAAAAUGGAAUAGAUGUCUGGAUCACUGCGUUCAGAAGUAAUCCUGGGAAUGCACAGAUUUUCUAUAAUCUCUGCAAGUUUUUUGUAGAACAGGGACGUGUAGAGAACUUAUCUUUUUUAAUGAAAGAUUUUGUAAAUUCAUUCUUUGAAAAUUUUGAUGAGGAAUAUAGUUCAACAGAUCUUCUGAGAUAUCUCUUGAAUUUCACUGUACCACUGGAUUUCAAAGCCCCAACAUGUAAAGUAGAUGGACCUAUUACUAUUUCAAAUAUUCAAACCACAUACCUCUGGCUUGUUUUCUGUCUGUGGCAAUCUCUAAAGGCAAGUACAGAGGAGGCGGCAGAUGCAUAUGAAGCUGCUUUAGGGGCUGUUAUGCAGCAGGAUAUACUGCAGAAGCUUUGGAUGGAUUAUCUUGUCUUUACUAACAGCAAAAUUGUGGGAUCCAGAAAUAAAGUUCAAGAUAGUAAGCAUUUUACCGAUUUAGUUAACAGAUGCCUAAUGACUGUUCCCACACGGCACCCCACUCCUUUUAGCACAGCUGAUUACUGGACCAACUACAAAUUCCAUAAUUUGGUCAUUUACUUCUAUUUGAGCUGUGUGCCAAAGACACAGCAUUCUAGGAUACUGGAGCGCUUUUCUUCCAUGAUGCCUACAAAUCUUGGACUUGCACUCAGGGCACUUAAACAAGAAUUGGAAGACAACAAUAUGCAAAUUGUGAAAAUGCAAUCCAAGAUGUUUACUUAUAACUUCCCAAUGUGCCUGUCCAUCUGGAAAAUAGCCAUUGCAGUAGAAACUUUCCUAAAGGGACAGAAGGAGGUCCAGCGUCUGUACCAAAGAGCCCUACAGAAGUUGCCUCUGUGUGCUGAACUUUGGAAAGAUCAACUCUUGUUUGAAGCAUCAGGAGGAGGUAAAACUGAUAACCUGAGAAAACUAGUUUCCAAGUUUCAAGAGAUUGGAGUCAGCCUAGAUGAGCUCUUAAAUUUAAACACAGAAAGCAAGAAUCGCUGAACACUCGUUGCAGUCAGCCAAAAUCCUACUCUAAAUUGCCAAAAUCGUCAAGAAUAGUCUGAUUCAGAUUAGCCUGUGAAAGUCACACCUACUCUGAGUCAUUGCUUUCUGUAACUGGGAAAUCAAAUUAUACUGCCCAACCUAAACUGGAGAAUUGAAUUCCAAACUCUGGCCUGCUACUGGGCCCAACAAGGUUCUCUUUACAUCAUGUACGUAAGUAUAGUUAAUUAUAGUGAUUUGCCGUUUUAUUGUUUGUCUAUUUAUUUAUUUUUUACUUUUUUUUUUUUGUGUUCCUUCUCUUUUCCCUUACCCUCUUCAUUUAUGUUUGCAAUCCCCGUUUGUUGUGUUUCUAACUUGUUUGACUCUCUCACUGAUGCCUGUGAGACCCUAUGUCUUUAUAUUAACUUUGGGGGCUGCUGUUUACAAUCCAAAAGCAAUCAGUCUCUCAUUCUAAGUCCUUUCCAAUUUGGUCAUUUUUCAUUUUGAAAACAGUGGGAGGUUUUGGGGAAUUAUAGCAGUUAAAGCAAAGAGCAGCAGGUCCUCGGCCAAACCAAGGCUGUCAGUCUGCUAAGUGCACUUGAGGGAUUUUUUUUUCUUUCUUUUACAUUUCUGCAUUUUGGACUCUUAAGUUGAGACUGCUAAACUUGAAGACAAAAGAUACUAUUGCAAAAUGCCAGUGCAUCAGAGCCGAAGAGUGGUCAAUUAAUACGUGCAAUUUUUCUUUGUAAAGAAGUUUAAUUUAUAAUAAAGUUUAACAGUUUAAAGUACAAUAUAUAAUGGAAAUAUUGUUUUGUAUUAUGGUACUACCUUGUGUAGUACUAGAACUGUUUAUACAAAUCUAUUUUAAAUAUAAUUAAACUUUUUUAAUAAAACA